GUAUGGAGCGUCAGAGACCGCCCGUCAACAGCCUCUGGUAGCCGUUGGGGAACUUGAGAGCCAGGCAUCAGUUGGCGCGCGUCCUCCGCACUCGGCGGUUCUCCGGUCGCGAUAAAGUCGCGUACCUCAAUGUCACUCGGACUAGGGAUUGUGAUUGGGCUUGUUUCCAUGGGUCCGUGCGCCUAUCGGAUAAUUCCUUAGAGAGCUUUUGAAGGAAUAUAUGGAAAUUUACAAACUUGUUGUAGCCAUGACGCUGAUGAGUGUUGAAUUAUUGAAAGAAGGAACUUUUUACCUGAUGGUGAUGUGUGGGAAUCAUUCUACCUAACGUUGAAUUCAGUGGACAUAUAGAUUUUGAAGCUUCUUAUACGACGCAUCAGAUGUGGUGCUUUCCUAGAGACAUGGAGAUACUCGUAUAGUAGCUAGACAAUGACCAACACCAGUGUCGACGGCGCCCCAAACGGGGCGCAGAUGCAGGUGGAAUACAUAGGCUAUGCCCAAGAUGGGGUGAUAGAGCAUGGGGUUGAAGACACCAUGAGUCCUGAGAUCGAGUACAUGGGACACAUUGCCUACAGCGUCGUCGCUCCGGUCAUCAUCAGCUUUGGAAUUCUGUCCAACACGGUGAACCUUGUGGUCCUCACCAGGCCUUCUCUUAGAGGGCCUACGUUUAGAUAUCUCAAAUGGUUAGCAGUGGAUAAUUUGCUGGUCUGUGUUGUACUGCUGCCAUUCACUCUCCAUUCCCAUGUAACUCCAGUCCCUUAUCCAGCAGCUUUGUAUUUUGCCCAUAUAGAGGUGCCCGUGGGGAACGCCCUCAUAGCCUCCAGCGUCUACAUAGUAGUCGGUCUCAGCUUCGACAGAUUCGUGGCCGUGUGCUACCCCCGGAAAUACAGGAACCUCCACAGCCACUACGUGGCCUCCGUCAGGAUAGCGCUGUCCUUCAUCAUCGCCUUCAUCAUCUACAUUCCAAUGGCCUUCUACAAGAUAGUCGUGCCCCUGCAGGACUCGCCUGACAGAUACCUCAUCGAGGAAAACUUGGACCUGGUGUCGCAGAGGUGGUUCACCGUCUACGAAUACUUGUUGGAGAUUUGCGUCAGAUUUGCCCCAGCUGUCAUGCUGGCUGUCCUGAACACUUACAUCAUCAUCGAAUUCAAGAAGAUCAGCCGAAGAAGGCGCCUUCUUUCCCAGAACAUGAGCUGCGAAGUCUCAGCCAUCCCAUCGCAGUCUUACGGAGAACUGAACGCACCCAACACAGUCAUAGUGAACAGCUCCCCUCCGACGAACGUCCAGCCGGACGUGGUGUCAACUUGCGUCACCACCGAAGGGACACUGAACGCAGCCUCCAACUUGGCCCCUUCACCGAAGGAGACAGGUCACCUCGACGAUGGGAAUCAAGGGUCGAGUAUUCAGAACAGUUCCAACGGGGAACUGGUCUGCACUAGGAAUUCUUCGAGUAGAUCCCUCGGGAAAAUCGGGUCAGAUAAGGAGAAGAUCGGCCUCUCUAUGAUCAAUGUAGAAGGACCUCCCAUCCAAAACCCUCAGCCUCGGGGCAUGAGCGAGCGCAGGCACGACAUGGAACGCCGCCUGGUGUUGCUCCUUGUGUCCAUCAUCGUGGCCUUCUUUGUCACGAACAUUCCAGCGGCCGUGUUGUCUCUCACCUUCCGGGACGAGAAGAGGAGCAGCCUCAACUACCAGAUCUUCCGGGCGGUCGCCAACAACCUCGAGUUCCUCAACUUUGGGUUGAACUUCAUCCUGUACUUCCUCUUCAGCAAGGACAUCCGGAACGCCUUCACUUCUCUUCUGCGCAGGACUCUCGACAGAGUCAAAGAGAGGCUGGAAGGAUCCAGCAGCAAAUAUGCUGCGACCAACCUAUGAUAGGAAACAUUUUGGGAUUUUACUUUGAAGUCACCUCUCGUCAGUGCAGUUCGUUUACCAAGUGAAUGUUUGUUUGUUAUCCCUCGGGGUCAUAGACAUUCCCGGAGGUCAAAGGGAGGCCGGAAGAGUCUAGAAGUAAGCUAAGGUUCUUCUGAUGGUCAGUUUACUGCCGAGUCUUUACUCCAAAAGACUCCUGACAGACUCAAACCUAGACAACUGUAAACAGUGACAAUCCAGGUGAAAGUGGUGCUGCUUCUCAUUGUUUUGUCAUAAACCCGAUCCAGAAUUUCAAUUAUUCUAGUAACUUAAGACUGAUUUAAACAGUGAAAGGUACAACCGACUUACAAUUCCUUAUACUUAACUCCUUAAGAAGAUGUACUGCUGCUACUUAUGAGAUGAAUAUGCAUGUUAUUCAUUCCAAAUAGCGGCCGCCAAUUAAGCUUCCAUUCAUGUGAUGUAACUUAUAUAUAAUCUGAUGGGUAAAAUACCUGUAUCAUUUCGGUGUGUUGUCAGUGGCUGGGUUCGUUAAGACCUCGUCGUGAUAAAUGUAAACAAAAUUUGUGUGAUUCGUUGUAAUGUUUUGUGAAUUAAAAAGCAGUGAUCUUGUAAUAAUCAUGAUACAAAAUCUUUGAGCUAAAAAAAGCAAAGUACAAGCGUCAUCCACUCAAUCAAUUCAUGUAUAAUGGAUGUGGUCAUUAGCUAUACCUGUGUAUGUAUCAUUAUAAUUGUAUUAUUAUUGAAAAGAUGAAAUAAUGCAGUAUUUAUGUCAGAAAAUUUUUUUAAAAAUUUUGUACUUAGGAACUCUCUCUCUCUCUCUCUCUCUCUCUCUCUCUCUCUCUCUCUCUCUCUCUCCUCUCUCUCUCUCUCUCAUAUGUAAAUUAUAAUUUUGUAAAUAAUAAAGAAUUUCUCUUCUCUCACAUUUAAUGCUGAUUUAGUCAUUUAUCAUAUUCUUUGAUUUUACUUAGCAUAAUAUGAAACAGACAUAAGUACAUUUAUGGAAAAAAGUCAAAUCGAUCAUUAUUUUUUAAGGCGAAUAGAAUAUAACUUUUAAAAGUCACACUCAUUAUAAUAUGUAUUACUUGUUUAAAAUUACGUGGACUUCAAAUACUGUCUGGAAAUUUAUACUAAUUUAUGUUAAUUAUGGCAAAUAUCCCAGCAAAUGAAUUAUUCAGUAAAAAUAUAGGGUGGACUGUUUCUCUAUAUUCCAAUUUAUAGUUUUUUUUUUUUAAUUAAACGAUUUUCGAACAGAUCUGUGAUAGAACUUACGAAGUGCAGACAUUUAUAAAGACUGCUUCUAUCCUAAAAGAUGAUGUUUAACUCCAAAACUGAAGGAGAUUAUAGUUUAUUUUCCUUUUUUAGCCUCCCUUUUCAGUCUCUAAAUAUAUUAGUAUUACCAUUUUCCUAAUUAGUCUCCUAAGCAAAUCAUGUAUAUAUGUAAUUACAUAAAAUAUCGCAAUCUAUGUAUUUAUUUGUAAAUAAUGGCAUGAUAUUUUAUUUAUAAUACACAUAGUAGGGAUUAUUAUUAGUUACAUAAAGGUGUCAUAAGCUUUAAUGUCAGAAACAAUUUAAUGUUUCCAUUAUUAUUACAUUUUUCAUUAUCUGCUUUGUGAAUUGUAUAUUUUCACUUUCCCUCAUUAAUUUCAUUUGCGUUUUCUCUCUCUCUCUCUCUCUCUCUCUCUCUCUCUCUCUCAUUUGUAAAAAAUUACAUAAUUUGUCAGUAAAAUCCAUCAGUGACUUUGUUGUAAAUGAAUACAGUGUCUGUAUGUUGGCAUAAAAAGAUUUUAUUUCGUUUUAUAUGGGAUUACGUGGUAUGACAAUGCGUCUAUCUACUGUGGCAUUGGAAACCAAUGCCAGGUUCCCCAAGGUUCGUACGUGGGGUACAGCUGGGGUUUAUGUGCUGAUCUUCCGUAUAUGUUCCGUCUCCGGGACAUUGCGAAAGGGGAAAUUACCUUUCUCCAUUAUAAAUGAAUCAGUGCGUGAAUAUUCUAUUAGAACCAGGUGUCCAUAGUGUAUUUUGUUCAGUCACAUUGUAAUAAAAUAUUCAUAAUGUAUUAUUGUUUCUUACAAUGUAAAUCUUUACUCUCUUUAGGUUUUUCGUUUCUUUUCUUCAUUUGCUUCUUCCUUCUGUCUAUGUAAGAAAUGGAAUGAAAAUUAAUAAAAAAAAAAUAAUCUCAAAACGUAAAAGAACACAAUCAUGGAUGUCAAGAUCAAAGAAGGUA